AUGCCUUCAAAAAGAAUUUGUUUAUGGCUUGUAUUUAUGAUUAUUACACAAUCAGUUGGAGAAGAUAUGCGACCAGUUCGAAUGUCUUUUAUUCGUGGUCAGAAAUUUCCAUAUACUACUCCAAGUUGUUUACCGUUUGCUAAUAUGAUUACGUCGACUAUUAUGAAGUGCCAAAUGGCUUGUUUAGCUCAAAUUUAUUGUAGAGCAGCCAGUUUUCAACAAUCAACUUCUAAUUGUGAAUUAUUUACUGAUAUGUCAAAUGAAAUUGCAUAUAUGUUGCCUGAUGCCGACAUUACCACUAUGAUUGUUAUUGCUGGAUCACGAUCUCCACCUGGUAAGUAUGAAAAUAGUAGAUUUAGAAAGAAAUCAUUCUAAAAGUAUUGUUGACGGCACAUUUGACAAAGAAAGAUGGUCAGGGGUAUCGAUGAAAUUGUGUAGGAUUAUUAAGUACAGUAUAUCUAUCUCAAGCGUGAAACAAUUUCAUACUCUGAUUGUGUCAGUAAAACGAAGUCAAAAUAUUUUUUAAGAAAUCUACACAUACUUUACUGUAUAGCUUUUAAGAAUUUUUCAAAAUCAUCAAGCAUUUUUCUUCUGAAUAUUGUACAUCUUGUUUGGGUUGUGUAUUCUCUGUAUUUGCAUUGAAUCUUCAUAGAUGUCGUGCAUUAAUCAUAUGUAUUCUGUAUUAUUAAGAGUGUGGGUGUAGAUUUUAUACAUAUUACUGUCCACCCCUAAUCAUUUUGAUUCUAAAAUACUUCGUAAUAAUUUCAAGUUAACGCAAAUGAAGAAAACGCAGCAAAUAAGUUAAACACUUCUUUGUUUCAAAGAUACUUGGACACUUCCAUUGCCUGUAUAUCCUGAGUCCGUAGCUCAAUGUUGACGAAACUCAUUUUAUAAUAUUUAAAAUAGUGUGUGUGUUAAUUUUAGCUUCAAUCUGUAGUACUGAUUUGGUUUCUAAAAAGUAGGCACCCUUCUUCCUCAACUCCUCUGUUGAUCCCUUUUACACUUGAAUCUGAGAGAGCUUUUAUAUGAUUAGAGCAGGAAACGUCACAAGGUUUAAUAUCUGCAGGACCUCCCAAAAGCUGCCGCGUUCUGCAAAGCGUCGCAGAAUCUGCCCGAAACUACCACACCCUACAGAGCCUCACAGAUUCUCAAAGAAGCUGUAACAGCCUAUAAGGUCUUGCAAAACCUCCCAGAAGCUACCACGUCCUGUAAAGUCUGGGAGACCCUCCGAGAAGCUGCCACUCCGUACAGAGUGUCGCAAAACCUCCGAGAAGCUACCACGUCUUGUAGAGGCAAACAGAACCUCGGAGAAGCUGCCACGUCCUGUACAGGCAAAUAGAACCUCCGAGAAGCUGCCACGUUCUUGCAGAGCCAGGCAGAUCGUUUGAGAAGCUGCCACUCCGUACAGAGUGUCGCAAAACCUUUGAGAAGCUACCACGUCCUGUAGAGGCAAACAGAACCUCCGAGAAGCUGCCACGUCCUGUAGAGUCUGGGAGACCCUCCGAGAAGCUGCCACUCCGUACAGAGUGUCGCAAAACCUCCAAAAAGCUACCACGUCCUGUAGAGCCGAUCAGAGCCUCCGAGAAGCUGCUACGUCCUGUAGAGGCAAACAGAACCUUCGAGAAGCUCCCGCGUCCUAUAGAGCCUCCCAGAAGCUGCCACGUCCUGUAGAGGCAAACAGAACCUCCGAGAAGCUGCCACGUUCUUGCAGAGCCGGGCAGAUCGUUUGAGAAGCUGCCACUCCGUACAGAGUUUCGCAAAAUCUCCGAGAAGCUACUACGUCCUAUAGAGCCUAGUAGAACAUCCGAAAAGCUGCCAUGUUCUAUAGUUUUGCAUGCAGGAGUUCCUUUGCGAAUUAGGAAUAUUAUUGUACAUUGGUUCUAUAUAUGUAAAAGCUGGACGAGCUGUUUUUAAGUAUGCAAGAGUUGCGGAUGGGCCAAAAAUUACAGGGUCCCAAAGCAAACUAGCUGCAUGAGUAACUUGAAAUCCUGAAAGAGUUCGAUACAGCGUGUAUUGGCUUGGAUAAGUGCGUGCAUGAGGAUUAGUGUAGGGCUGAGCGUAGAUUUUGGUUUCAGUGUGCUUUUGGGUCAUGUAAAUGUCGGUGUGUGUGUGUGUAAGAAACGCAUUAAUCUUGAACCCCCAACCACUCUCGCGCAAAUCUAUCGAACCCUACCUGAUAAAAACUGACCACAUCCAUACCCGCCCAAAAAGUCAGCUUGGAGUUAAAUUACGACUCAAAUAUAUCAUGUUGAAAUUUUAGUUUUUCUUAUAAAGAUUUUCGUAAC